UCAAGGGGGUAUAGGCACUAACGGAUGCCUCCUGUUUUCCAGGUUUCCUACGGUGUUCCCAAUGCCUCUGAAAGCAUUCACUUACCCACUACCCGAGACCAGGUUUGUCCACGCAGGGAGGACUGUUUACAAACUGAAGAUGCGUUACAGCCACCACGUCAGAUGUGCAAAACCAUCGUGUACCAUUUCACUUUCCAUUCGUUUUUCCAGGGAAGACAUGGGGAUCGACAGAGAGCAAGUUAGGCAAGAAUUGGAGGAUGCUAUCCGUGCAGUGCUUGGAAAUCUGGACAGGUUACAGCCAUUCACCACAGAGCACUUCACCAUCUUCCCAUAUAAAAAUGAAUGGGAAAGAUUAUCGGAACUGCAAUUUAAACAAGGUGACAAAGUCCUCAUCUCUUACCCGUAUGUCUGUACCUUGUAUAUUGAAUUAAGAUCAGAUCAACAGCACUCAGCAGCUGCAGGUGAAUGCCCUUUCAUUGACUGUCAUCUUUUGGAAAAGCUGACUGAAAAGACGGCAGCACUCCCAGUAACAAAGGAAGCCAAUGAGCAGAAACCAGAGAAACUACCUUUGCAGCUGAACAGAAAAAGGAGUGAAAAUGCUUUGAUGAAAAUCAUCAAUAAAGAAAACAUGGUUGACUCUGGGACAAUGAGUGAAAAAAAAAGGAAGAAAAGAGCAAAGACAUCUACCCAAGCAAAAGGUCAACUCAUCAAACAGCCUAGCUCAUGCAGAUCAGGUAAGCCUGAAAUGGCAGCACACAGCAGGAAUGACGAUGGCGUGAUGGAACAAACCAUCUCAGCUCAGAAACUGGGAUGUGACACACCACAGGCAGCAGCAGGAGGAAUGAUCCGCUUUUUAUUCAGUGCUUUGUUUCCAUUCCAUUUGAUAUUUGGCAGGAGGCAGUCGAAAUAGCAGCUUCUGCCUGUCUCUCGAAUGAUUAAGUCAGCGAGUAUCAACUUGCUACCAGAUCCAGACGUCCACUAUUCACUGUGGCAUUGAAAAUGUUCAUUGUUUUACAAUAUUUCCUCCUGUCAUAAUUUCUACUCAAUAUGUUUGGAAAUAAUAAUCACUAUGGUUUAAAAUUGUUAAAUGGGAUUGCCACCAGCCUUGGGUAAUUCUUAAUUACUCUGAUUGUCAGACACGUUUGACGUUAAAGUUGCAGAGUGAGCUCACUGUUUUCCUCACACAGCCAAGUUCCAGCUCAGUAUGCCUUAUCCGGUUCCCCCAGUGCUUCAUUCUCACUGGGGGCAGAAGGCUGGUUGAUUCAUUAAUCUCUGUCUCACUAUCUCUGGCGUAGGGAGAUGAAUUCCCAUGGAAUCACCAUUCUCUCCUUCCCUGUGACCCUGGGAGGGGGUUUGGGGGUGUGGGGGUUGGGGUGCAGCAUGGCUGAUGCCUAAUUUAUCUCUCUUUCUCUGUGACACUGGGAACAGAGACUGACUAAAUUUUACCCCUGCCCCCAACCUCCCAGACCUGCUGUACCAGUCUUUCACUCUCCCCCCUCUCCCUGUGACCCAGCAACACCGGGAGCAGGACCCUGACUGGAUCUGUCCCUCACUCUCCCCCUCACCCUAUGACCAAAGGGCCAUGAGGCUAUUCCAAUUAUUGAUCUGAUACACAUCUGUGGGUGCCCCUCGAUUAUAGGGGAUUGAACCUGUGAUCUUUCCAAUCUUGAAGCUUCAUUUAUUGUGCAGCCACAGUUGUAAUGUUGCAUUCAAAUUGUCACAGGCCAGAGUGCUGGAGUACAUUAGCAUCAGUAUCUGAAAUGUCAGUUGUUUUCAAUGUAGUUUCCAAUAAAGUUAAACAUUGUUGUGAA